GGUAUGCUGUAAAUCGGCACACGUGGUUUCAUAAUCUUCCGGUGAAAUAGACUGUCAUAGAAGUUACGAAGGACGAAUUUCGAUAGAAACAAAAUGAAGAUUUGGACUUCUGAGCAUACAUUUCAGCAUCCAUGGGAAACAGUCGCAAAAGCAGCAUGGCAGAAAUACCCUAAUCCUUUAAACCCAUCUGUUACUGGUAUAGAUGUUGUUGACAGACAUGUCGAUCAAAAUGGUAUUCUUCAAACUAAGCGUGUUUUGAGUACAUCCUGGGGAUUACCAGCAUGGGUUACAUCGUUGGUUGGAAUGGACAAGGAUUGCUAUGCCUAUGAAAAAUCAGAAGUGGAUCCUAAGAAAAAAACAUUGACUCUGAAAACAAAAAAUCUUACGUUUUGUAAUUUGUUAACAAUUGAUGAAUUUUUAGUAUAUUCACCACAUCCAGAGGAUAAAACAAGAACUCAGUUAAAACAGGAAGCCAUAGUUAAAGUGAAGGGCGUACCUUUGUCAAGUUACAUGGAAGCUAAAGUUACUGACACAAUAUCAAAAAAUGCUAAUAAGGGGCGUCAAGCUAUGGAAUGGGUCAUAGACCAUCUUAAAAACGAAUGCAAGGAUUUACGUUUAGAAGCUCAGAAAUGUAUGGACAAAAUGGUAGCUCAAGGUGCCACCUCUAAAGCAACGUCUUGACCUGGGUUUUUGUUUUGGUCAAACCCCACUACUAAAGCAUAUUGUGAUAAACAUAUCUUCUUAUUCCAUGCCAUAAUAUCCGCACAAGCGUUGAAAUUCUUCAAAGUUCUAAUGGAGAGGGGGGUGUUAUUUUCAAUAUUUACAGGGUUAAUAUAUACUUAAUGAAAAUGGUGCCGUGCUGACUAAUAGUUAUUUUAAUGGUUAUAAAACACAAAUUUAUAUAGAACACAAAUUUUCAACAUGUUCCUCUUUGUCGUUCUCAAGUAAGUAAUGACAGUAUAAUAGCAAGAAAUCAAGAGAACGACAAGAGGAACUUGUUGAAACAUAGUGUGAAAUAAACCCAGUGAUUGUUUUCCAUAUAAAUUUGUGUUUUUUAUAUUAUAUGUUCAGUUACUAAAUGCCGUAUAAGGAUUUUAUAUUAUAAUGGUUGUGUUGAGUAUUGAAGUGUACGGUUUCGUUAUUAUUUCAAAUCUCAUGUGACUGCUGUUUGUUUCUCAGGUCAUGUCAUGUCAUCUAUUUAUCAAGUAUUGUUGAAUUUCUAUAUUGUCGUAUUGUCAUAUUUGUGUCUUUUCGUAUACCAUCUUGUAUGGUAAGGCCAUGCCAAUUUGAUUUUCUGGAUAAAUAGACGCUUGAAUUACGUGAAAAAUUAUUUGUUUCGAAUUUUUAAAAUUUGGUUCUGAAAGCUUUUGAACAGCAUAUCCAUGUACGUUAAAAAUGAUUUGUUUCGAAUUUUUAAAAUUUGGUUCUAAAAUCUUUUGAACAGCACAUUAUUGUACGUUAAAAAUGAUUUGUUUAGAAUUUUUAAAAAUUUGAAACUAAAAGCUUUUGAACAGCUCAACCACAUACUUUUGCUUUUUGAAUUUGGAUGAGUCUUUUCUUUGAAGAAAUCAAUCUGAUCAAAACACAGAUCCUAUUUCGUUUCGUUUUUUAUUGUUAAAAAUUUCGUUUUACUUGUCUUUACUACACUAGGAUCUGGAAGAGUUGUUAUAUUAACCGGCUUGGCACAAUAUAGAACAGUUGGAACUGACGUGCCAUUAAACCACAUUUCAUUUCAAUUUAUUUCAUUUAUAUUACCGGCGUUUUGGUUGAAAUGAGGGAUAAGCCAAUGAAACCGUCUGUUAUGGCGAUUUCUUGGCUUGCCAUGGACGGAACUGUGGGUAAACCACUAGAAACGGCAACGCUGAUUGAUUAAUCAAUGUCUAACGUCAUAGGGUCACGACCUUCCAGUACAACUUGUCAGAUCUUCAUGUAGUGUAGACUAUCGAAAGUAAAAAAAAAAAACGAAACGAAAUAGAGAUCUGCAUUUUAAUCUUAUUGACGAAGAAAUAUGAAAGAAAAUUUGACAGGUAUUCUAAGGACGGAAAAUCAAAUUGAUAUGGCCUCACUGUUUUGACAUAUGCCACUCAUAAUCAUUUCAAUAAGCCUUCAACUUCUCAAUAUCUAGAGCUUCCAUAAUUUUACAUGUACCUUACAUUAAAAGGUUCUAUAUUUUCAUUUUUGCACUUUUAGGCCUGGACAUAAUCCUUUGAGUUUUGCCUGUCAAAAUGUCAGGCACUUGUGAACUGGUAUCUGACAUUUUGAACUUUUUGCUGUGCAUAUUACGUAUUAAGUUCUAUUAUUCAUUAAAACACUGAUAAAAAAAACAAAAAAAAUCUGUGUCGGAACAAAGUCACAGGCGCCAGUGGAAAUAUGCUUGGCAUUGUCUGUGGCAGUUGUCUUAUUUCAAGGCCUGUUAACUAUACCGAUCAUUUUCAAAAUGUCAAAAUUGAAACAUCAUGUCUGAUACUCAUUCUGAACACAGAGAUUCAUCUACUUCAUACUUCGAGAAUAAAUCUCUGUCCUGAAUGGCCGCCAUAUCCAAAAUUGAAACAUCAUGUCUGAUACUAUGAUUGCAUUAAGGGCAGUGUGGGGUCGAAGUUGUCGUAGGCCCCUAAUCUUAGUACUGGUAUGUCCGCCAUAAAGUUUUUAAUACCUCUGACCCUCCUUGCAUUUGUGUGUUGCUUAUUUGGACACUACAUUUAAUUCACCAUGACAAAUAGCCUUCUGUUACAGGGCUAGCCAAGUUAGAUAUUAUUUAUCCAAGAGUUAUCUCCCUUGUGAAAUUCAUAUGCUUAAAUAAGAAGCAUUGUCAGGAUUUUCCACUUUAUAACUAUGCUAUAUUUAGAAUAUCAAGAAUCAUUGUCAGGAAUUUCCACUUUAUAACUAUGCUAUAUUUAGAAUAUCCGGAAACAUUAACCCUAACCCUAAUGCUAUAUUUAGAAUAUCCUGUAUAAUAAAAUUAAACAUCAGGAUUUUCCACUUUAUGAAUGUGCGAUAUUUUAAAUUUUCUGAAAAAUAAGAGUUUAUAUUGUGUUCUGAAGUGAUAACUUAUCAAGACCGAACAUUGAUUAAUUAUAUGCUUAUGUGCCUUACAUUUAUUAGCUUGGUUUUAGACAUCUACAUUUUGAUGUAGGGGUAUAUUGUCGUCGGCACUGUUCUUGUUGCCAGUUCCAUAUUAUCCUGAUGGUUGAAACCAAGAGCAGGGACAGGGCAACCUCUUCUUUUUUUUCCCCCUUACAGAGUUAAAUGUUAAUAUUAUGGAUAUAUAUAGCAAAGCCUCCCUGAAUGUCACUGAAAUUAAUUCAUAGAAUCACUUUUGAAGCCUAGUAGUUAAUACGACACAGCUUGUUGCAACUGUCAAUGAAAAUUUGUUACCAGUGUUCAGGGUUGUAAUUAUUGCUUCUUUGACAUCACAGCAAACUGUAACAUCCUUUUGCCAAAAUUCACUUGUAUGGGACAAGAAGGGUCGCCUCUCUAAUUGCAUGGGUUCGCCAAAACUGCUAAAGACCCCUUUCUCAUGCUCGCCCUUUCACAAAGCUGCUGGUGGGUGUAUUAUUGUUUGUAAUAUUGUCAUCUAUUAUAUAUUUUGCUAAUUAUAGAUAAUAAAUAUAUAUAUAUAUUAGAGUACCUGGUAUACUAAAUUAACCAUAUUGUUAUGUUUAAGAAUAUUUUGUCUAAAUAAUAGGGUAUCAAAGUUUAUAGCUUAUUUUUUUUUAUUUUAAGUAACAUUAUUUAUGAGAAUGUACACAUCUAAAAAUUUAGAGCUAGAACAAAGUUGGUAUCUAUUUGAAAUCAUGCCCUACAUGACUCUGCCAAUCUGAUUAAAAUGCAGAUCCUAUUUCGUUUCAUUUUUUAUAGUUCAAAAUUUUGUUUUACUUGUUUUUCCUAUGCUAGGAUGUGGAAGAAUUGUUAUAUACCCGCAUUCUGGCUGAUGUGAGGCAUUAGCCAAUGAAACGUUCUGUUGCAGUGAUGCACGAAUCUGUGGGUUUUUCACUAGAAACAUCAACGCUGAUUGGUUAAUCAAAAGUAUGACGUCAUAGGGCCAAAAGCCGCUCGUAUGACCCCUGACACGACCUCCCACUACAACCGGUCAGAUCUUCAUGUAGUUGAGGCCAUCGAAAGUAUAAAAAAACGAAACGAAAUAUAGAUCUGUAUUUUAAUCCUACUUCAACAAGUAUGUUCUGAUUAUUGCUUCAAGAAUAAUGCUCAGAUGAAACGGAAUUAAUAUGCUUAACUAAAAUAGUAUAAAUAAUUGUUUUUUUCGUGUUUCUGCAAUGAAUGUUGGUGCACCUUGACUCGUUUUUCGCUAUAUUUACCGGUAACUGUCAUCAUGAAAUAAUCUUGUUAUAUAUAAUAAAAUUUACGAUGGCAGCAUACGGACAAUCUGUUGACAGAUACCGGUGUCUCCAUUUGAUCUCUCAGCACUGUGUUGCUAUAUAAAUGGGAAUCAAGAGUUUGAAUGCCUUUUUAAAAAUCAUGGCAACAAUCAAAAUAUAGAAGUGGGGUGUAAAUAAAAACUUGAACCCCCCUUGUUUGCUGUGAUGACAUCAUCAUGUAAAUGACCUCAUGAUGUGAUGACCUCAUCAUGUGAUAACUUCAUCAUGUGAUGACAUCGUGAUAUCAUCGGGUCAUUGAUGAUUAAGUAGUUUAAUAUUUCUGUGAAUGUACCAUACUGUUGGAAUAAAUUAUUUUUGAUUUA